CUAUAAACAUCACCAUAAUUAUAUUCAAUCUUUGGAUUGAAAUCAAAUAAGAAUCCAACUAAUAGUCCUAUUUAUUGUUCUGAAUGAAGAGAUCAGAGUUAGUGUUUAUACCUUCACCGGGUAUCGGCCAUGUUACAUCAACGGUGGAGUUGGCACGGCUACUUGUCAACCGAGACGACCGAUUCGUAGUGACAAUCAUCUUGAUGAAGCUACCCUUUGAUGAGAAGUUCACAAGCUACUGCAAGUCCAAACCUUUAGUCAAAGAAGCUCUGGCUCAGCUCAUUGAGUCGUCCACCUCAAGCCCUGAUAAGCCGCCUCGACUCAUCGGUCUCCUGGUUGAUAUGUUCUGUGUAACAAUGGUAGAUGUGGGCAAUGAUUUUGGACUGCGCAGCUAUGUGUUCUUCACUUCAGGUGUAGGUUAUUUGAGUCUCUUGUUUUCUAUGCAAACCAUGAAAGAUGAGCAAAAUGUGGACUCAACCCAGUUCAAAGACUCGGAUACUGAGUUGGUGAUAUCAAGUUUUGCUAAACCAAUUCCUGCUAGGGUUUUGCCUUCUAUGUUUCUUAACAAAGAUGUUGUUCCUGGCUUCUUAAAUUUUGCAAGAAAGUAUAAGCAAACGAAAGGUAUUGUGGUCAACACUUUCUUGGAGCUGGAAUCCCAUGUAAUGAGCUCAUUUUUUGAUGGCUUGACCCUUCCGAUAUACCCAGUGGGGCCUAUUUUGAAGCUCCAACGUGAUGAAGGUGACAAAGGGUUAGAUAGGGCUCGUGAGAAAGAGGAGAUCAAGAAGUGGCUUGAUGAUCAACCUCCAUCAUCCGUGGUGUUCUUGUGUUUUGGAAGCAUGGGAAGCUUUGACGAGGAUCAGUUGAAAGAGAUUUCAAAGGCAUUAGAACAUAGUGGCCAUCGAUUUUUAUGGUCCCUACGUCGAGCUCCACCAAAGGGUACGAUUGUAUUUCCUAGUGGUUAUGAUAAUCCAAAGGAAAUAUUGACGGAUAGAUUCUUGGAUCGAACGUCUAUGGUUGGAAAAAUCAUUGGAUGGGCUCCACAAACAGACAUCUUGGCUCAUCCAGCAGUUGGAGGAUUUGUAUCGCAUUGUGGAUGGAAUUCUAUACUAGAAAGCCUAUGGUUUGGUGUGCCAAUUGCUGCCUGGCCAAUAGAUGGGGAGCAACAAUUAAAUGCCUUUCAAAUGGUGGUUGAGUUAGGAUUAGGUGUGGAAAUUAAAUUACAUUAUAGGAAGGAUUUUUUGAGUGAUGAUGAAGUUAAAAUUGUGACUGCUGAGGAGAUAGAAAGAGGUAUAAACAGUUUGAUGCAGAGUAAUAGUGAAAUAAAGAGAAAGGUGAAAGAGAUGAGUGAAAAGAGCAAGAAAGCCUUGAUGGAAAGUGGAUCUUCACACACUUCAUUUGGUCAUUUUAUUGACAAUUUGAUGAGCUAG